UUGAAGCAUAAACAUCGAGACAUUCUCAACAACAGUUCUCUUCAGAACGAUCUACCUGGUGAACUGCAAGAAUUUAACGAUAACUUUAGGAACAAUUAGCAAGUUAAGGUCGGAAGAACAGAGGAAGGCUAAGAAGACAUAUUAUUUAGGAAAGAGAUCAAAUAGGCUCAGAAAGAAGACCAUGUAUCUCGCUUUAUUUUGCGUUUUGGUUUUUGCGUCAUCGGGCUACGGAGAAGAUGAAAAAGAAGUUCUUAACAAGGUCAAUGCUGGUAUAGAAGCCGGAAAUGGGAUCGUCGAACUUCUUGGUGAUGAAAAAUUGUCAAAAAAUUUUGGUAAAAUCGGCCGGAUCAGCCCGAAAAUUGGACCAUUCCUAGGUGCCAUUGGUCCAGCAGUAGCGUUGAUUUCCAUAUUCUUGCCAGAUUCGCCGUCUCCUGAAUUGCAAUACAUGAAGAAAAAAUUCGCCGAAAUGGACGAAAAGUUCGACAAAGUGUUUACGCAGUUUGGCGAAGUGAAAAAUCUUAUUCGAGAAACAUCCCUGAAAGCUCAGUAUGGACAAUAUGAACACAUAAUAUUGGCUUUGUCUUAUCGCCUACAACUGUUUCUGAACGCUCCAACUGAUUCAGUACAAGGACGGAAGGCGACAUUUAUCACUGCUUACGAGAGGACUUAUGGCAGCGCCACAUACCACCUCUGGCGCGGUAUGAUGGAACAGACUGUUCUGUCGGAUAACAUUCCGGAAACAGCCAUUAAAUAUACAGACAGCCACCGCGGACGAGUUCAAAGAAUAAUGAAAGGAAUUAAUAACUUAAUAUUACAGGGUGUGAAAGUCCAUCUAUCGUACCUGAAAGCCAAAGGCCGAGAUGCCACAUAUGAAGAUGAAAAGAAUAUCUGGGAAGACAAAAUCAAACAGUUAGUUAACCAUAUGAAGAGCGUAGACCAAAAAGUGAAAAUUGUUUGGCAUGAACAGCUCGGAACCGAUUUAAAGAACAAUUUGGCUUUGUUAAAUGGUAAGAGUCACAGUUACUUCGCUGAUAAAUUCUAUGCAUUCCUCAAUGAAAAAUAUGACUGGAGAGAUUGGCACAUUGUUGUUUACAACGAAAUUUCCGGACAAAAUCGUCAUUGGCUGAAACAGUGCGGCGGGUAUCAUUCAUUCCGCAAGCAUGGCAGAAAUAUCGUCAUAGCAAGCGUUCAGGAAGAAAAAGUAGCCAUUGAUACAAGACACGCCACAAACUUGCUCAAAGCUGUCAAAAUUUCUUCAUUUUGGAAUAAUUAUGGAGCUAACAAAAUUUACAAUAAUUUGCCGGCUGAACUUAAGAAUGGUUGCAAUUAUGCGGCAACAGGCGUCAUAGAGAAAAACGCAAAUGUUCAUCACCGGGCCCCAAAUUGGCGUUGUGCCCUUGUUGACAGAGGAAAGUACAGGCUUCAUGCGUUCGGUUGAAUAAAAUGACACACUAGCUUUAGAUAAACGGCUCUGAUUUAUGUUAUUGCAAUUUUUUUUACAUAAAGUGUUUGUGGUAGUUAUGGUGUUUAAUAAUUUCUAAGGUAAAACAAACUAAAAUGACAGAUGUUUGACUAAAUUUUUAAACUUGCCAAGAUGUGUAUGAUUCCAAGGAUAAUCCCCGGUAUUCUUAAAACAGACUUUAGUCGUAGUUCGAGCUAAAACUUAAAAAAUACGUCAUUUUGUUUUCUUAAAAACAAACUUUUACUAGCACUACGACUAUGACGCAAGCCUCGACUAAAA